AUGAUCGUUGCUAUCGUCUUGAUGUCUCUAAUUGUUGUCGGCUUCUCUGGACAUUCAUCCGCGGACGGGGAUCCUUGCCAACUUCCAGUAGAUCCUGGGCGAUGUAGAGCAUUAAUCCGCAAGUGGGCCUUCAACUCAACGAGUGGUGACUGUGCUUUGUUCUACUAUGGUGGUUGUGGUGGAAAUGGAAACAGGUUUAACUCAAAAAAAAAGUGUAGAUCUACCUGCCUUCCAAAGAAGUGA